GCUACUGCAACAGGGAUGACUUGUUCAGAGGAACACAGCAGCAUGGACUCGACUCGGUCUCCGUAGCCUGCAGACAGUUUGAAGACACAGAACUGUUAACAACCAAAUCUAACUCCUGAUCGAGGCAUGAGACCGUUGCUGGGGUGACACAGUUGGGACACAAGUUGAGUGACCUCGGGGCAGUGGCAUGGCAUCACCCAGGCACUACGGGCGCUCUGCCAGGGAUAUUGCCAAUGUGAUGCAGAGGCUGCAAGAUGAGCAAGAGGCAGUGCAGAAAAGGACAUUCACCAAAUGGAUCAAUUCCCACUUGGCAAAGCGCGUCCCGCCCCUGGUGGUCACCGACCUGUUUGAGGACAUCAAAGAUGGCGUGAUGCUGCUGGCCCUGCUGGAAGUCCUCUCCGGACAAAAACUGCCAUGUGAGCAGGGCAAGAAGCUAAGGAGGAUCCAUUGGGUCGCCAACAUCGGUACAGCCCUCAACUUCCUCGAGGGUAGGAAGUCUGCCUAUAGAGGAUCUCCGAUCAAGCUAGUAAACAUCAACUCCACAGACAUCGUAGAUGGACGACCGUCAAUUGUACUGGGGUUGGUGUGGACCAUCAUCCUCUAUUUCCAGAUUGAAGAGCUGACCAGUAGCCUACCAGCUCUCCAGGCCUUGUCGAGCAGCACUUCCUCACUGAACAGCUCCACCAGCAGCACUGAGACCACCAGCCCGCCUGUCAAGAAGAAGCCCCUCCCACCUGUGCAGGGCGGGGCCAGAAAGGCUUUGCUCCGAUGGGUUCAGCAGAUAGCAACCAAGCAUCUGGGGAUCGAAGUUAAGGACUUUGGCCCCAGUUGGCGCACAGGUGUAGCAUUCUUUGCAGUUAUCCUUGCCCUCCGGCCCAACGUAGUUGACAUGGAGCGUGUAUGGCGAAGGAGCAACCGAGAGAAUCUGCAGGAAGCCUUCUCAUUGGCUGAGACUGAGCUGGGCAUUCCGCAGCUUCUUGACCCAGAGGACGUAGAUGUGGACAAACCAGAUGAGAAAUCCAUAAUGACGUACGUAGCCCAGUUCUUGAAGCACCAUCCUGACCGACAGCACAGCGACUCAGAGGGCCCACCAGAAGAAGAGAGAGAGCAGCGCAAGAGCCUGAGGGAGAUGAAGAUGUGGCUCGACCAGCUGGAGAGAGACGCAACGCAGGCUCAGGAGACUGAGGGCAAUCUCACUCAACAAUACCAGCUGUUCAAGAGUCUGCGUGUCCAGCUGGAGAUGAGGAGGAAGCAGGUGGAGGGAGCGCUGCACUCCACUCAGAAGGACGGGAUGCUGACCGUGGAUCAGGCCCUGGUCAAACAGGCCUGGGAAAGAGUCUCCAACAGGCUCUUGGACUGGCACUUGCAGCUGGACAGGGCUCUGCCUGCUCCUCUGGGCAUGGUGGGCGUGUGGCUGCACCAAGCUGAGGGGGCUCUGCGACAAGAGAUCACGGUCCAGCAGGCACAUGACGAGACGGCUAACACCGUCCACAGGGCUCUGGAGCAGCACAAGGAUGUGUUGAGGAGCCUGGAGAGUCACCAGCAGAUCUUCCAGAGGAUCCAUAAGGACAGAAGUGUUGACGGGGUCCCUGUCCCCCCAGACCAGCUGCAAGACAUGGCCGAGAGGAUGAACUUCGUCUCUACAUCUUCCAACAUCCACUUGGCCAAGAUGGAGUUCUUGGAGAGUAAACACCACAUGCAAGCAUUUCUCAUUCUAGCCGAGUCCAAACUCAAAUCCUGGAUCAUCAAGUAUGGCCAACGGGACUCUGUGGAGCUGAUGCUCCAUGGUUAUAUUUCGUUUGUGGAGAAGCAACAUUUCUUUGAGAAUUACGAGGCGCUGUUCCAGGCCCUCAAACAGUCUGCUGAGGUCUAUAUAAGUGCUGAUAGCUCAGCGGAGGAGGGAGAGGCGGGUGUGCGGAGGUUCAUGCGGGAGGUGGUGACCCAGUGGAGGAGUCUGUCUGUGGAGGUGCGCAGUGUGAGGAGCAUGCUGGAGGAGGUGCUGUCCAACUGGGAGAGGUACAGCUCCACCGUGGCCUCCUUACAGGCCUGGCUGGAGGACGCAGAGGCCGCCCUGAGCCAGCCAGAAAACACCAAACGGGAGUUUUUCAGAAAUCUCAGCCACUGGAUGGAUCAGCACGCAGCCAUGAAUGAUGCUGGAAACUUCCUGAUAGAAACGUGUGAUGAGACAGUGUCGCUUGACCUCAAGCAACAGCUGCUUCUUUUGAAUGGCCGAUGGAGGGACCUCUUUCUGAAAGUCAAACAAUACGCCCGUGCAGAUGAGGUGGAAAAGUGGAGAAAGGACCAUCUGAAGGCUGUGUCGGCCCUCAAAGAGCUGCUCGACACAGCAGAGACCAAGCUCAAUGCUCCUGUCCAGGUGUCCUUCCUCAAUGUUCGGGCCUUUCUGCAGGAUGUGGAGAAUACCAAGCAAAAGGUCAUCACCAUGGAGACACAGUACAAAUUGGCUGCCCGCAGUGCUCAACUCCUUGCCAAGGAUGCACCACAGGAUGAGGGUGCCAGGGUCAUGGCAACUAUGGCAACAGCCAAAAGUCAGCUGAGUAAGGUGAGGGAGAGGUGCCCAUCUCUAGUGAGGGAGUGCCAUGGCCUUCUGCCACUGCUGGAGGAGAUGGAGAAGCACAUCACUGGUUUCUACCAAGCCUUGGAAAGGGCCAGUCGUAUCACUGCUGCUGUCAGAGAUCCCAGCGCACACAGCCCAACCCAGCAUAAACACAAGUGGCAGGACCUGCUGAACCAGCAACAGAUCUGCAAACGUUGUCUAUCAGUGAUUGAGAGGAACUACCACACCCUGCAGAGGGCGCUCUCCACCAGUAAGGUGCUCAGGAACUUCGACCAGUCCCUCCUGCAGAAGAGAGUGGCCGAGAUACAGGGCUCAGCACAGGCUUUGGUCAAGGAGGUCGGGGAGUGGAGGAGGCAGGAGGAGGCCAACAACUGCCUGAGGAGGAGGUUUGAGGAGUCGCGUCAGGAGCUCGAGAGGGUACUGAGGUUGUCUCAGGGGUGCCUGAGAGAGAUCGGAGACCCUGAGGAGCUGCUGAAGAAACACACAGAUUUUUUUAGUCAGCUGGACCAGCGUGUGCUUAGCGUGUUCCUGAAGGCGUGUGAUGAGCUGACGGAUAUCCUGCCAGAGGAGGAGCAGCAGGGACUGCAAGAGACUGUCCGCAGGCUGCACAAACACUGGAAGGACAUCCAGGGCGAGGUGCCGUCCCACCUGCUACGUCUGAAGGUGGAGGUGGAGCGAAAGCGGGUAGGCGUGUUCCUGCAGGACUGCAGGGCAGAGCUGGACAGAGAAAUGAAGGCCCUUUCUGGCACCUGUACCAGUGAGCGGGUGAUCAAAGAGCACAGGACUUUCUUCAGGGAACGCAAAACUCUGGCUGUGUGUGAGAAAAGGAUUAGGAACAUGGAGGAUCUGUGCCAUAAGUUGCCAGACAAUGACCCUGCCUACCGAGUGCUCGACUCCACCAGGGGGGCUGUAGCUGAAGUCACAGAGCUAAUUGAGAGCACCCACCUCAAACUGCAGCAGCACCCUGAUAAAUGGAGGGAGUGGAAUGAGAGGUUCUGUGAGCUUUCUGAUUGGUUGUCGUCUCAGAAGAGGCAGGUGAGGCUCCUGAGAGAGACGGCUAGAGACUCCACCCAUCAGCAGGAUGUGGAUUCUGCGGUUCAAGCACUGCAGGGAGCGGUAAAUAGCCGAGAGGAGAGUGUGGUGUGGCUGAAGAGCCGUCUGGCUGCACUUGCUGAGGUUAGCUCUGAGCUGGAGAUUCAGAGACAGAGAGCAGCGCUGGCCAAACUCUCUACUGACCUGAGGGCGCUCUUCUCCUCGCUCUGUCAGUGGGAUGAGGAGGGCUCUGCUGUGUUCCAGUGUGAGGAGCUGAGAGAGGAGGUGCGCGGCGCUCUAGAGGAGGUGCUCAGGGCACGAAGGGAGGCUGAGGAGGAGACCAGCAGGAUCCUGAACGCUGAGAACCUGGAGGAGGCCAAGCAGCUCUACCUCAUCCACCAGCAACACCUAAAGCACCUGCAUGCCGAGCGGAGGGAGGCGGAGCUUCUGGUGUCCCACUGCCGCCAGCUGCAGAAGGGGGAGGGGCUUAGCCAGUCACUACGGGAACUGGAGGGAGCUUUCAAAGAAGUGGAUCGCAAAUCAGGGGCACUGGAGCAAAACCUGCAGGCCACUCUGAAUGCCUGGCAGGAGUUUGAGGCAGAGAGAGAAACAGCUUGGAGGUUUAUCAGCAGCACCAGCACCGAGCUGCACAAAGAACUCCUCUUCAACAGUCUGGACAGCCUGAGAACUGAGCUGGAACACACCAAGGGGCUGUUUAAGAGGGUUGUGGAGUGUGCUGCGCGAGCAGAUUCCCUGCUCGAGAAGGCAGUAGAUAUUCAGCUGGGAGCCACGAAUCAGACUCUUCUUUUGCAGCAGGCCCAGUCCACCAGAGAGGCAGUGACACAACUGCAAGACCACCUCAAAAAGAAUGUUGUCCAGCUGGAGAUGGUGUAUGUAAGGUGGGAACGUUUCAGCAAUGAAUCAGAGGCCUUUUCCUCUUGGAUCAGCGUGAGAGAGGAAGAGUUGGAGAAAAUUGGUACCGCCUCCUCGUUGGCUCCUCUGGACAAGCACAUCAGCACAGUGGAGGCGGUGGGAGCAAGUUUAGGGGAGAAAAGGGCGGUCUUGCCCCGAAUGGAGUCGGACUGCGAAGCCCUGUCGGAGUUUGUGACUCCUGGGGAGGCUGGGCGGAUCAGGGCACGACUGGCCCAGAUGGGGCGUUGCUGGGAAGAGCUGAGGGAGAGAGUGGAGCAGCUGGGAGGGCAGCUCAACCAGAGCGCUUCGUACAGGCAGAGAUACAAUGACAAUCUGGAACAGGUGAAGAAGACAAUGAAUGACCUUUAUGAGAAGCUGGACUGUCCAAUUGCAUACUGCAUAUCGUCAUCUGAGACCUACAGAAGCCUCCAGGAGCACAUGGAGAUCUGCCAGGCCGUGGAGCAGCUGAAGCCCCGACUGAUGGGUUUAUGCUCAGCCGUGAAGAGGCUUGGAGAGGGGAGCCAGCUGGAGGAAGAGGUGGCCAACCUCCAGAAGCAGCAGGGAGAAUGCAUGGAAAAGGCCACAGAAAAGCAAACCACACUGGAGAACCUUCUAGCUCUAUGGCAAAGAUUUGAAAAGGAGAGCUCCUCUGUCAAGAGCUGGCUGGACAGGUGUGAGUCUGUUUGCUGUCCAGACAUGAACCUUCUCCCUGCAGACAAAGCAAAGCUAAGGAAUGAGCUACUAAAUGUGCAGGAAAUGCAGAAAGAGGCACCAUCCCAUGAGGCUCUCCUCCAGGAUUUAGUGCGUGUGGGACUUUGUUUGUACCCCACAGCACCCGAAACAUGCAUCCAAGAGCUCAGCGAUGACCUCACACAACUACAGGAAAGAUGCUCUUCAUUGAAAGGCAGCAUAGCACACAGGCUUGAGCUGCUGCAGUCUCAUCUGUCUCAGCUGGAGCUGUUUGACCAGGCCCUGCUGAACCUGACCCAGUGGAGUGAGAACUUCCUGUCGGGUCUCAGACGAACUUCUCAGGUCGAUAUUGCCAACCUUGAGGCUGCAGUUGCGAAACUCAGAGAGCAUGAAGCAAACCUAGAGGAGCAUGCAUCUCUGCGAGAGACCCUCCAACACAGAGAGUCCUCCCUCUUCCCCUCCUCCACCACAGAGGCCCAGCAGCAGCUCCAGGACCGGCGGGAGGAUUGCCUUCAGCCCCUCAGUGAAUCACGGCGCCUGUUGCUCCUCCGUGGGGAGUGCCUGGAUGAGCUGGGGGGUUUCCUUGAGAAACAUGGAGCAGCAGCUAAAGCCGUACAGCGCCUCCAUGAGGCCGUGGAGGGCAGGGGCAGUUGGGACCGCUCCAAGGCCGAAGAGCUGCACCGUGGAGUAGGGGAAGUUGCUGGGGACGUGGCCCGGCUGGAGGCUCAGGCAGUGGGGUUAGAUGGGCGGCUGAGCAAGGCACAUCUCCACCUGUGUGGGGCGGAGAGGAAGGGCUCCACAGACAUGGGCCAGCCCCAGGGGAGAACGUCCUGCAGGGGACAGGCUGUGGCCCUCAUGAUGGCUCUGGAGGGGGUACAGAGGGCUCUGGGGUGGAGGCAAAGUGAAGCAGAGGCUUUAGGUGCCCUGUGGAGCUCCUUCAGGGAGAGGAGAGAGGAGGUGAUGAAAAGUUUGAAGACGUUAGAGGAGGAAGCAAGGCAAGAAGGGACGAAGGAGAGCUCCAUACAGGCCUUUCAAAGCAGGCUGCGUUUCUUUGUCCAGCUGGAGGAUGAGCUCCAGUCGCUGCAGCACUCCCUGCAGUGGCUAGAGGAGAGGGGAAGCCAGCUGGCCCAGAGAGACAGCGAGCUGGCUGGGGAGGCGAGGAGGGAGGUGACCCUAGUGAAGACAGCCUGGGAGAACAUCAGGAUGCUCAUCACCAAUGGUCAGGAGCACAGUGGAGUUUUGGUCGAUCUUCUCCGUCAGUUCCACAACCUGAAGGUAAUUCUCAGCACUGCUGUGGAAAAUGCCCAGGCUGUCGCUCACAUUCUGCCCGAUCAUAACCAGAACCCCGAGGAGGCCAAGAGGACUUUUGCACGGCAUGAGGCUGUGCAAGCUGAGCUCAGAGAUAAACAGGAGGACAUGGACCAGCUCAUCAGCACAGCGGAGGACCUGCAGAGAGAGCUGGAGAAGGUUCCGGACUGCGACACACAGUCCAUCCAGCGGGACAUGGAGAUACUCAGAGACCAGUGGCUGGAGGUUUCAGAGAGAAUACAAACCAACACAGAGAGACUGGGCUACUGUGUGGCCCUAUGGGAUGACCUCAAAACCAUGGAACAGGACAUUGACCAGUGGACCGCCACCUCCAUCGCUGACCUCACUGACAGUGUCACCAAUCUCAGUGACAGGCAGAAGACGGAGGCACACCUCGCCACCUUUCAGGUUGAAGCGGAGAAGAGAGACCAGAAGCUGGACGCCCUGCAGGAGAGAGUGACAGAACUGAAAGAGCUCGCCAAGCUCCAGGAGACUCCAGUACAACUGCAGGUCCUGGAGUCAGACCUGAGGAAGAAAAUGGCCCAUGCGCAGGAGGUGUACAACCAGGCCAAACACACUCUGACCUACUUCAGCUUCCAGAAGCAGCGUCUGGAGGACCUCAUGUCCCAGAUGGCCGAGCGGCUGGAGACAGUUGAGGGUUCCCUGUCUGACCUCACUGAAGCCACUUCCCCAGAAGACAUUGGCACAGUCAAGGACCUGCAGAGUGUCGUGCAGCAGCAGAGGGCUGAUAUGGACUCGGCUAGAGAGGCUCUGAGCGCUCUAUGUAGGUCGCAUCCCUCCCAGGAGCUGUCUCGCCUAUCCUCUGACCUCACCUCCAUUGCCAAGCGAACAGAGGCUGUGGCCCAGCGCUGUGCCAGGACCAGGGGGAGCCUGCAGGAUGGGCUGCAGCUCCACUUCAACGAUCUCGUCCAAGACUUCCACUCCUGGCUGGCAGAUCUGAAGGCGGAGCUGACAGAAUGUUCUAACCAAUCAGGAGAUGUUGCCAUCCUUGGAGCCAAGUUGCACAGGCUGAAGGUGUUACAAGAGCGUGCGUCUGAGGGUGAGCAGCGUCUACACCAGGUUUGUGAGGAAGCUGAGAGGCUGCAGCUCCACCUGCCCAAGGCUGGGGCUGCACAGGUUCAGGAACAUCUCUCCUCUUGUCAGAGGGUGUGGACGGGCUACCUGGAUGGAUGCUCUCAGAGCCAACGAGACCUGGAGGACAGCAUAGACCUUCUAAAACGCUUUGAUGACAGCGUGGAGGUUAUAAGAGGCUGGUUGCAGCAGAUGGAGCUCAGCCUGAAGAAGGAGCCUGUUCUCAGGGCAGAGAGCCAGCAAGGAGCCCCAGACAGCACAGAAGAGCUGGAGAGAAUGGAGAACCUCCACAGGGAGCUGCUAACAAGACGGGGCUCUGUGGAGCGUCUCUGCCAGGAGGCUCAGUCUUUGUCCGAGGCAGGUCGAGGGUCAGGAGGAGAGGUGAGGGUGACGGGCCAACUCCAAAUGGAGCACCAGGCCCUCCUGAAGGCAGCCAGGGAGAGGCUGCGAGGCUGCCAGGAGUGCCAGGCCUUUGGGGAGACACUGCAGGGGGUUUGGGCCUGGCUGGAGGAGAUCCAGGAGAGACUGGGGACGGUAGACAGCACCAUGGGGACGAAGGAGCAGUUGGAGCAGAGGCUGGAGACUGUCCAGGAUAUCCUGCUUUUGAAGGGUGAGGGCGAGGUCAAGCUGAACAUGGCAAUGGGUAAGGGCGAGUUGGCCUUGCGCAGCUAUGGGGAAGCCGGACAGGAAGUGAUCCGCUCUCAGCUUCAGGAAGUGGAGGACGCGUGGGCCACACUGCUAGUGACUGCCAUGAGCUGCCACAGUCGAUUGGAGUGGACUGUGUCCCAGUGGGGCGGCUACCUGGACAGUGCAGCCCAGCUUCGUUGCUGGAUGAAGGCUGUGGAGGGGGAGGUUUGUGCCCCUCUCACACCCCAGCCGGGCCCCAGGGAGAAGGCCUCCCAGCUGGACAGAUUGCGAACCUUGCUGGCUGAUCUGGAAGACCACCAGGUGGCGCUGUCCAGCCUGGAGGAAAAGGCCAGAGAGCUCUUCAAGAAGACUGGUGAUGUCAGCUUUAACCAUGGUGCUCGCACCCAGCUGCAGGCACAGUUUGAUGACCUCACAGCCUUGGUAGAGGAGAGAGUGCGUCGGGCGCAGGCUGUUGUUUUGGAGCACCAGGAAUACUUGGAGGCUGUCAGGGAGCUCACUGAUUGGCUAAUGUCUGCAGGGGAGGAGCUGCAGCAUUGGUCUGAUACAUCAGGAGACUCCACUUCCAUCAAAAGGAGGCUGUCUGAAGUGAGGGAACGUGUGGAGUGCCGGCUGCUGGAGGGCCGCGAGCGCUUGAGCCGGGUGCGUCGGAGCGCGGCAUCUACAGCAGAGCACACGGCGGCGGGAGGCUGUGAGGCCAUGGACCGACAGCUGGGGGCGCUGGCUCAGGCUCUGGAGCAGUGGGAGGGGGCUGCCUUGAGGGCCCGGGACGGCCUAGAGGGGGCCCUGGCCACUGCAGCAGCCUCAGAGGAGGAGUACAGACAUCUGACCGCCCGGCUGGAGGAGGAGCUACGGGAGCUUGACGGGCGGCUGAGGGGGUGGAGCCAGGAGCUGAUGCGGGCGGAAGGGCGGAGCAACGGGGAGGAGGCAGUGGAGGGGUGGCAGCUGGCAAAGGACAUACUGGAGGGCUUGCAGAGCGCCGAGCCGAUGGCGGAGAAGUUGAAAGGGCAGCUGAAUGACCUCGUGCGCUACUCCAGAGACCUGGGCACCCAAUCAGAGCGGGUCACCGCUCUUAUCAAGCAGCACAACAGCCUCAGUCUUCGGGCCUCCAGGGAGUGUCAGAAUAAGGAGCGCCUGUUGGAGCAGAGGUUUCGCGCCGCCCUGAGGGACUUCCAGCAGUGGCUGGUCAAUGCCAAGAUCAGCACCGCCAAAUGCUUCGAUGUGCCCCAGAGCGUCACCGAGGCCUCGACAGCUCUGCAGAGGAUCCAGGAGUUCCUGAGUGACAGGGAGCAUGGCCAGGCCAGGCUGAGUACAGUAGGAGCCAGCGGGGAGCUGCUGAUGGCUGUGGUGGCCAAAGACAGGGUGGAGGGGAUCAAGGCCAAGGUGGCAAACACUAGAGAAGACUGGAAGAGCCUCAUGACCAGCCUACAGUUUAGAGAGAACGCGCUCAAGAACUUGCAGUCCCAAAUGACAGACUUUGAGGAAAGCGCUGAGCCUCUCCAGGAUUGGCUCAACAGCACAGAGGCCAGAGUUCAGGAGAGCAGUGCUCGGCUUCACGACCUCCCAGCCAAGAAACAGGAGCUCAGCAAAUUGCAGUGUGUUCUGGAGGAGAUGGCUGGUCGGGAGGCAGAGCUGGGCAGGCUGAGGGAGAGGGCUCACCGCCUUUGGGAGGGACAAGCAGCCGGCAAGGGCUUCGUCCAUCGUGUGUCCCAGCUGUCCGCACAGUAUCUAGCCCUCAGCAACUUAACCAAGGACAAGGCCUCUAGGAUUGAACGUAUUGUAGGGGAGCACCGUCUCUUCUCCCAGGGCCUCAAAGAGCUCCAGGACUGGGUGUGUGAAGCUCAGCGUGUCCUCAACACCUGCCUCUCUCCCACGGCUGAUAAGAGUGUGCUAGAGGACCGAAUGAUACAGCUGGAGGCCUUGCUGGCAGCUCGUCAGGAAAGGGAGAUCCAGCUUAAAAUGCUACUGACGCGGGGUGAAGCCGUCCAGAGAAACACCUCUGCUGAGGGAGUCCCAGUUGUGCGCAAACAGAUCCAGGACCUCAAGGACUCAUGGGACUCCCUGCUGUCUGCCUCUAUCCAGUGUAAAAGUCAGCUGGAAGGCUCUCUGUCCCAGUGGACCAGUUACCAGGAAGAUGUGGGUCAGUUUGUGCUGUGGAUGGACCGAGUUGAGGAGACGCUGGGCUGCUCAGACAGACAGUAUUCUGAGAUGAGAGACAAGACUGCUAACCUGGGGAAAACCAAGCUUCUCUACGAGGAAGUAUUGAGUCACAGCAGUCCCCUAGAGACCAUUGCCACCAAGGGCUCCAACAUGGCUGAACACUAUACGACCCAGCAGGAGGUGCAGCAGCUGCAGUGUAGAUACAACAGCCUCAAAGACAAGGCCAAGGCUACUGUCAGUAAGGCCAAGGAGCUGGUGCUGGUCCACCAGGAAUACCAAAGGGGGUUGCAUGUGUUUGAGGACUGGCUGGAGCAAGAGCAAGCCAGUCUGGCCUCCUUGUCCCAUCCAGAGGGAAAUGUGGAUACACUGGAGAAAACACUGAAAGAGCUACAGUUCCUGCAGGAGCGCUGCUCCGAGGGCCAUUCUCUGCUCUCCUCUGUGCUGAGCAGUAGGGAGCGAGUCAUCCCCUGGGGUGUCCCGCAGAUCGAAGACCGAGCCCUGGACACUGCUCAGCGGGAGUGGGGGGCCUACCGGGACCGUCUGGGCGAGACUCAAGACCAGCUGAGCUCUACACUGGCCAGACUCAGGCAGAUGGGCCAGAGGUUCCUGAACCUGGCCCAGUGGCUGGAGGAGGUGGAGAGGAGGGCGAGCAUCAGAGGUCACCGAAGGUCAGACAGAGCCACCAAGGAUGCCCAGCUGAGGCAGCUUCAGGGCUGGCUCGAGGCGGUGUUAGCGCGGCAGGGAGAGGUCGACGGCCUCUCCUCCCUGGCCCAGCAGGUUCUGGAGGAAACCCACAUUAGCAGUCGUGUCAGCGCUACUGCCACCCAGCUCACCGCCCGAUACCACGCCUUACUGCUCAGCAUACAGGAAACCAUCAAACAGCUGCAGGAGGAGCUGAGGAGCAUUGAGGAGGCAGAGAACCUCUGCAUGUCCUUCUCUGAUUGGCUCAGCUCAACUCAAAAGAACUUUCGAACAGUGAUUGACAGCUCUGAAGCUCUUGAUCGAGUUGCCAUGGAGAGAAAGAUGAAGAAAUUGGAGACGCUCCAGGCUGAACUCCAACAGGGCCACGGCUUUCUGAAAUCCCUGAGGGAGAAGGCGGAGCGGGCAGCAGGCUUCCUGGAGGAGGUUGGGGCCGAGAGCUUAGGAGGGGAAGUCGAGGCCCGGCUCGCCCAGCUGGAGGAGCUGGCUGGUGGGCUGAGGCAGGAGCACAGCACUCUGGAGCGGGCGCUGCUGUUAGCUAAGGAAUUCCAGGACCGAUACAAGGCUCAGGCACAGUGGCUGGUGGAGACCAGGGCUCUGCUCAACGCCCCGGUGGAGCCCAAGGCUGAACUGUACCAGCGAAGGGCACAGCUAGCCAAGUACAAGGCCCUGUUGCAGAUGGUUCAGUCUCACGAUGGAGCUGUAAGGUCAGUGGUGGAGAAGGGAGAGGCUCUCCUGGCCUCUGUCCACUAUCCCUCCAUCAGAGACAACAUGAACAGACUGCACAAUGACUACACCGAACUCUGUAACACUGCCAUGGCCCAUGUGGAGAAUCUGGAGAGCCAGGUGAAGGAACAGGAAGCUUACCACAGUGAGCUCCAGGAAGUGGAACGCUGGCUGCUCCAGAUGUCCAGCAGGAUGGUGACCCCUGACCCCACUGUGGGCGGCGGCCUUGAGGCAGCCACUCAGCAGCUGGCCAGGCACAAGGCCAUCAUGGAGGAAAUCGCCAGCUUCGAGGAUCGCUUGGCAGGCCUGAAGGAGCGCGGAGACGACCUGGUACAAGGCUGUGGUGAGCGUGUCCAGAGCAGGCUGAGACAGCAAGUCCAGGCUCACCAGCAAGGCACCAGAGACAGCUAUUCUGCCAUCUGUAGCACAGCACAGAGAGUGUAUCAGAGUCUGGACCGUGAGUUACAGAGACAUGUGAGUCUGCAGGAUGCUCUGCAGCAGUGCCAAACCUGGCUGACCUCCGUUUCAGAGGAACCAGAGCCUCCUGCGCAUGCUCCUCUCAGCCUGGAGGAGGCGCUACAGCAGGUGAAGCAUGAGCGGGCUCUCCAGGAACAGGCCAGUACUUACCUCCAGCUUGUGUGUUCAACCUGUGACCUGUCAGAGCCGAGGGUCAGGGAGACGGCAGCAGCCAUCCAGCAGGUCAAACUCCAGACCGAGGAGCGUAUGCUGCUUAGUGAGGAGGUGGCGGACAGUUGGAGGGAUGCUGAGGACCAGAAGGCAGAUCUGGAGGUCCAGCUGAGAGAGACGGAGCAGCAGCUUCUGAACCUCACCAGGAGACCUGCAGAACUGGAGCCUAAGAUCGCACAGAACCAACUUGACAAGGCACAGGAGUUCCUUCAGCAGAUUAGGGACAGGCAGUCUGAGGUAACCCACUUGAGUGAGGCCAUUGCUGCACUGACAGAAGGACAGGACUCCUCUGCCCUGGAGGAGGUAGGGAGUCUGAGGAGGAGCUGGAUGGAGCUGGGCCAGAGGGCAGAGGAGCUGGAGUCCCAGCGGGGGGAGGACAUGCAACGGAGUGGGGAGUACCAGGAAAGUGUAGUGGCUGUGGAGGAACUCUUCCACCAAGUGUCAAGGGAGUGGGACUACUUAGCCAGGGCGGACACAGAGAGCACCAGUGAGCAUCUGGAGGCUCUAAGGAAGCUGUCCAGUGACCUGGAAGAGAGGAAAGGGACUCUAGAAGACCUGAGGGACCAGAGACAAGCUGUCCUGCCCCGACUCAGCCUUCUGGACAAGGAGCUGGUCAAGCAACAGGUGGGACACUUGGAGCAGCGAUGGGCCCAGCUCGAGGGCCUGAUUCAGCAGAAGAUCCAGGACUCAGCACAGACCCUGGAGGAUCUGGUGCGGGUGGAAACCCAGCUGAGGGAUGCCCGAGAGUGGGUGGAGGAGCAGCGGCCGGCUCUCACCUCUUCUCUAAAAACCAGCCCCCCUCCAGACCUGGCCCAAAGCUUCCUGUUCGACCACCUGAGUGUUUGUGUGGAACUGGAGGCUCGUCAGCAGCUGCUGGGUCAGGCAGUGAGUGAAGCCCAGGCUGUGGCCUCCAGGCUCGGGUUGAGUGAGAAAAGAUGCCUGCAGGAGCUUGUUGAACAAGCCCAAACCGAGGUGGAGGCUCUGGGUGCUCGGGUGACCCAAAGGAGGAAGUACCUCAGUAAGGCCUUCACAGAGAGGACGCAGUUCCUCCAUGGCUUGGGCAGAGCACUAUCAUGGGUCCAGCAGCAGGAGAGGAAGGCUUUGAUAGACGACCACAUAGCACUCCUCCCUGAAGACCUAGCCAAGCAGGUUGCUGCAUGUCGGGGGGUCCAGAGUGCCUUACGAGCAUACCAAGCAGAGCUGGCAUCUCUCUGGGCACAAGGGCGAGAGCUGGAGAGAGAUGCCACUGACAAGGAGAGGGCAGAGACCCUGGCAAGGCUGGAGGAGCUACAGGCAGUUUUUGAGACGGCACUUCAGAGGACCACCCGGCGUCUGACAGAUUUAGACAAAGCCUUGACGUCCAGGAAAUACUUUCAGGUGGAUCUGGACAAGACGUGCCAUUGGUUGAGACGGGCAGAUGCAAUUACCUUCCCUGAAAUCAGUCUAACCAACGUCGAUGAUAACGCAGAACUGCAAACACAGCUGUCUAACUUUCAGAAUGUCCUCGAACAAGCUUCAGAGUACGAGAACCUCCUACUCAUCGUCCAAAGAAUAGGCCAGGAAAUACUUCCUACCCUGAACGAGAUUGACCACUGCUACCUGGACGAGAGGCUGAAUGCCCUGCCUCAGCAGUACAACAGCAUCUUAGCUCUAGCCAAAGAGAAGAGAGACAGAGUCCAGCAAGUAAUCCUGGAGAGAAAAGAGUUGAGCACUUUCUUUGAUAUCACCUGUAAUGCACUGGAGGAACUUCAGGAGCAGUAUGACAAUCUGGAGAAGCAGACUAUCAGUAUUAGUGAAGAGGAAGUUGUUCGUCUAAAUAAUGAAUACAGAAAUCUGAAUGGAAGCUUGUCCCAUAUUAGCCCUGCCGUGAGAGAACUUAAUGGGAAAAAUGAGGGGUUUCUCAGUAGGGGCCAGCAAUGCAGAACUGAAGAGACACAGCAGCUGGUCCGCCUCCACAACACACUAAAAAGGAUGAUUGAUCAGAAAAUAAAACACUCAGAUGAUUCCUUGAAAGCUGUUGUUGAGUAUAAUAGAGUAUCAGCCAAGCUGGACUCCGAGUUAAAGACUGUGAAAGAGAAACUGGUGAGACUCAAGUCGGACUCAAGCCUAAGUGCCAUGGAUAAAGUAACAAGCCUUUAUUCGCUGCUUGGAAGUCUGGAUUGUGUAAGCGCUCAUGUAGACGAAUGUAACCAACAAAUUAAAGGCCUUAGUCUGAACUUUGAGCCCUCUUCCAUCCAGGAAAUUACCUCAAGACAAAAAUCGCUGCAGUCUUUACGGCUGGAAGUAAAAAGUUGUAUCGCGGAAAGUGAAAACAAAAUUGCAAAGGAUGAGGAUUUCGUGAGAGAGAUUGAGAAAGUGUUGGAGUGGCUGAGGGAUAUUAAAACCAAAUUUGAGGAGCCUUUGACCCUCUCAGAGGUCAGAGUUGAGAAGGUACAAGAGGAAAUGAGAAGAGUGAAAAAGGUAGAAGAGGAAGUGAAAAGCAGAUUUAAGGUAGCAGAUGCCUUGGGAAGUAGAGAGAAGCAGAGAUUUAGUAGUAGAAAUGAGACGCUUCCAGCCCAUGUAGAAGAGAAACUACAGGAGUUGGCCAAGAUGGGAGAGGAAAUUCAACAGAAAAAUAGCACUAAAGAGAUGGCUGUGGAUCAAGCCCUUUCCCUUAUCCGGAGGCACCACAUAUCCCAGACAUCUACCCAGAAAUGGCUGGACAGUGCUGGGGUUUUACUCCAGAGUGCCAGCCUGGGAGUGGAGCUGGAGAACCAGACAGAGAGUGUCCGUGAGCUGGACGAAAUCUCAGCCCAGGAACAGGCGUUCAUGGCUGGGUUAGAGCAGCUGAGGACCUUGGAUCCUCUGUUGGAGCAUCUUGUUGAACCGGGAGUAAUGAUGAAACUAAGAGAAAAUGUCGAGGCCAUGCAGCUGAGAAGUGCAGACAUCAAACAGCAGCUGGAGGCUCAUAGGCAGAUUUUGCAGAGGUGUGUGUCUCUGUGGAGCUCCUUCCAACAAGAGAGAGAGUUACUGGUUGGAGAGAUGAAUGAGGCAGAGAGCAAGAUGGCCAUGUUCUCCACAGCUAAAGCAAGCACUAUCCAGGAGGCACAUAACAAGUGUCAGCGAUACAAGUCACUGAUGGCUCAGAUCGAUACACUGGAGGAGCCUCUUGCUGCUCUGAGAGAGAAGGCGGCAGAGUUGGAGCAGGUCAGCUCUGAGUCCAGCAAAGCCAUCACCAGCCACUCUGUGUCAUCGCUAUGGCAACGCUGGACCAGGCUCUGCAGUGUAGCCCGAGCCCAGGAGAGGGCACUGGAGGAUACGGCCAGGGAGUGGAGGAACUUCACUGAGAAAAUGGAGAAAGUGCGCUCAGUGUCUGCAGACCUCCAUGGCCGUGUCCCAGACAGCACAGUGGAGAAGGCAGCCACAAGGGCGGCGCUUCAGAACCUGCUGGAGUACCAUGACUCCUUCAGCUUGGAGGUGGAGAGGGAGCAGUCGGCCCUGGCACUUCUCAGGCAGCACAGUCGCAGCCUCAGAGGAGAGGAGGAGGAUGAGGAGAUGGACAGAAAGUCAGAAAGUGGACAGGAUGAGACACUGUGCCUGCAAGAGAUCAGGAGCAUGCAGGAGCAGUAUGAGAGCCUCGUGUUGCAGGUGCGGGCAAGCAGGUCUCAGGUGCAACAGGAGCUGAGAGAGAGAGAGGAGGUGGAGAAGGAGCUGGGCCUGGUUAAAGGUUGGAUCCAAGACACUCGUGGCUUACUGCUGAGUCCCACUGCAGACCUGGAUUCACUGCUGCAAGAGCUAGAGACUGCGCAUGGUGAGGUCAUCAGCAGGCGUCAGAGUGUGGAACGUAUGACAGAGCUGCAGCAGUCCAAAUACCAGGAUCUCCAGGCUGGUCUGCCUUCUGAGCUCAGCAUGCAGCUGGCUGAGGUGGCUCUAGCCCUAGGCUCUGCAGAGGACCAGGUCCAGGCAAGGGAAAGGGAGGUGCAGCAGACCAGAGAUGUAAAAGAAGACUUCAGCUCCAGACUUCAGGACAUCGAGGGGAAGCUGAAGACCAUCUCUUUGAAAUUGGGAGACAAGGCUUCUGACCUGGAGGAGGCCAGAGAGGAGACCAAAUGUCUUUGUGAGGAGUGUGAAGGCUGUGGUCGCUCCCUGGCAGAGUUGGGUGUAGCGGUGCAGGAGUUCGGGGAACAGAACCCUCUGUUGUGUAAGCAGCUGGGCGACGCCGUGGCCAAACUGGCUGAGAUGCAGCGCCACACCACACAGCAGGCCCAGGACAGGGCCAACAGACUGAAGAAGGCAGAGAGGCAGCUGGAGGAAUAUAAAGGGAUGAAGUCAUUCAUUCUGGGCUGGACAGAAAAGGCAGAGGCCUUGGUCACUGGCAAUAUCAUCUGGAGCUCUGCUUCCCAGUUGCAGGAGCAAAUCCGGGCACACCAGGCGUUGCUGCGGGAGUGUCGGGGUCUCCAUGGUGACUUGGAGGCCAUGGGGGAGAGGGAGGGGCAGCUGGGGGAGGUGCUGCAGACGGAGGGGUGGAGCCAGCAGGUGAAACACCUCAGCAGACGCGCCGAGGAGCUGCAGCAAAGUGCCAAGACUCGCCUACAGAGUCUGCAGGACGCAGCCAAGGACAUGUUGCAUCUCGAGGCGGAGGUGAAGAGCCUUCAUGCCACUCUAGACCAGGUUCAGGUCACGCUUGCCUCCCCUGACCUCAACAGGCUCAGCCUUAGGGAGCAGCUCACACACAGACAGCGUCUCUUGGUCGAGAUGGAGGGCUUCAAGCAUCAGGUGGCAGCGGUACAGCGGUGUCAGAGCGCCCUCCGGCUACCAGAGGAGGUAGUGGCCAGCCUGCCAAUCUGCCGCACAGCCCAGACCCUGCAGCAAGAGGCCAGCCAACUGCAGCACACCACCAUCCAGCAGUGCAACAUCUUACAGGAGGCCGUGGUUCAGUAUGAGCAGUAUGAACAGGAAGUGAGGAACCUCCAGAGGUUAAUAGAAGAAGCUCAUCGCAUCAUUCAGGAUCGGCCAGUCUCCACCAAUAACAUCCAGGAACUCCAGGCCCAGAUUCACCACCAUGAGGAGCUGGCCCAGAAGAUCCGUGGCUACCAGGAGCAGAUCGCCUCGCUCCACUCUAAGUGCAAGAUGCUGACGGUGAAAGCCAAGCACGCCACCAUGCUGCUGACCGUCAGCGAGGUGGAGGGCCUGUCGGACGGCAUGGAUGAGCUGAGUGACGAGGAGCUGCCCAGCGCCACGGCAAACGGGGCCACCGCCUCCACCAAGCAGCUUCCAGCACACCCCUCCGUCGUCAUGAUGACGGCGGGCCGCUGCCACACGCUCCUCUCCCCCGUGACGGAGGAGUCAGGGGAGGAGGGCACCAACAGCGAGGUCUCCUCUCCCCCUGCCUGCCGCUCACCCUCCCCGGGGGCUAACGCUGACGCUCCUCUUAACCAGGGUCGUGUGCCCCUGAGCCGAGCGCCUCUCCAGGAGCUGUAUGAUCCGUCUUUGGAGACCAGUGCUGCCAACCUGGACGACCUGCAGAGGUCCUGGGAAACUCUCAAGAAUGUGAUCAGUGAGAAGCAGAAGAGUCUGUAUGAGGCGCUGGAGCGGCAGCAGCACUACCAGGAGUCUCUGCAGUCCAUCUCCACCAAGAUGGAGUCUAUCGAGGGAGCGCUCAAUGAAGGCCUGGAGCCCAACAAGAGCCCUGAGAGCCAGAUGGCCGCACACCAGGCUCUGAUGGAUGAGAUCCUGAUGCUGCAAGAUGAGAUCGGCGAGCUACAGACAUGUUUCUCCGAGGAGCUGCUGGGCGAGGGCCUGGGAGACAGUGACAGUGACGGGGACUCCGGGGACCAGCUGGCCCUCCAGUCUACCCUCACCGUGCUGGGGGAGAGGAUGGCCACCAUCCGCAUGAAGGCUUCUGGGAAACGGCAGCUGCUGGAGGAGAAGCUGAGCGAGCAGCUGGAGGAGCAGCGGCAGGAGCAAGCGCUGCAGCGUUACCACAGCGAGGCCGAGGAGCUCGACCACUGGCUGCUCAGCACUCGUGCCACACUGAGCUCCGCCCUCCAGCCCCAAACUGAAGACAUGGACAUGGAGGAGCAGCUCAUCGACUGUCAGAACAUGCUAUUUGAGAUCGAACAGAAGGUGGCUUCCCUGUCGGAGCUGUCAGUCCACAGCGAGAGCUUGCUGUUGGAGGGCCGGGCCGGGACGAAAGGAGAAGCGGAGCAGCUCACCUUAAAGCUCCAUUCCCUAAAAGACAGCCUGCUGGAGCUGCAGAGGAUGCUGCAGGACAAACAGAUUGACAUACAGGGUUCAUUGCAGGAGCAGGAGGACAGUGAACCAGAUUCGUCCCUGUCGCAGAGUCCCAACGUUCAGGACUGGCUGUCCCAGGCACGCUCCACUCGCACACAGCAGCACCACGACAACCUGCUGCGACAGAGGGAGCUGGAGGAGCAGGUGGCAGAACAGAGGAGGUUGCUCCAGUCAGUAGCCAGUGUCGGCGAGGAAGUCCUUAGCCAACAGAACACACCAAACGGGGACAGUGAGAUGUCGGUCCCAGGGGAAGUGCUGCUGGAGGCAGACAACCUUUCCCCUCUGGACCAGUUGAGGCAGCGCUGGGAAAACCUAAACAAGGAUCAGAGUACAAAGCUGCAGCUCUCCCUCAGCUCACUGGAACAGGACCAGCUGAGCCCGGUCCUCCACCGGUCUCGCUUGUCCAGUCCUGGCAUGGUGUUCAGGGGCGAGACCUCCACCCAGGACUCUCGCUCGCCCAGAUCUCUGUUUGAGGUCUGCAGCCACACUUUGGGAAGAAUAGCCCAAGAGGUGGCGGGUGGUGAUAGUAAGCUGGCAGUGUCUUUGGGAGAAGGAGCGGUGCAGCAGGACCUGUACGCAGCAGUUUCUGCAGCCUCCUCCUGGCUGGACAGUGCAGAGAACCAGCUGCUGUCUGGUCCUGUGCUGCUGUCUGAAGACACAGAGACACAACUCUAUCAUCUAGAGGGCUUGAGUAAGGAGCUGAAGGAGCUGAGCGGGGAGGUGAACCAGUGCAGAGACCUGCUGGGUGGAGGAGCGGGCCGGCUGUGUGGAGGAGAGGAGCGAGGCCUGAUGGAGGACACGCUGGAGGGCUUGCAAGAGCGGCUUGGCCUGCUGGACUCCACCCUGGACCAGCACUGCGACAGCAUGAGAGACAAGCUGCAGGAGCACUCCACCUUCCAGAAUGAGCUGAGGAUGCUGUUCACAGCUCUGAGUGAGAGUAAACACCAGCUGCUGCAGAGGAUGGCAGGAACUGUGGACAGGCCUGCAUCUAAGCAGAUAGAGACACUAUCAGAAGUGGAGGAGAGUCUGAGGGAGUUUGAGCAGAGAGUGACGGAGCUGAAGACCAGAGCAGAGGGACUGCAGGCUGACCAGGUUUCCAACCAGGAACUACUCAAACUACAGGAUGCAUAUGAGGAGCUGGUGCUGAUGGUGGGCGCCAGACGCAGCAGCCUGAAUCACGGCCUGUCUCAGAAGGCCCAGUACGAGGCUGCCCUGCAUGACCUCACUGACCUGGUUGACACCGCUCAGGAAAAGAUGGCUGCCGACCAGAAGAUGACCGUGGCAUCUGUCCUAGAGGUCCAGAUGUUGCUGGACAAACACAAAGAGUUCUUCCAGGGUCUGGAGUGCCAUAUGAUCCUGACCCAGACGUUCUUCAGUAAAGUGUCUGGUCUGGUGACGCAGAGAGAAAGCCAGGCUCUGGAGGAGACCAUGGCCCUGGCCCACAGUGUGCUCAAACAGGCUCACAGGAGAGGAGUGGAGCUGGAGGGCAUCCUGGAGUCGUGGAGUAAGCUGGCGGAGGACUACCAGGCCCUGUGCAGACAGCUGGAGGCUGUGGAGUGCAGCAUCCCCACUGUCGGCCUGGUGGAGGAGACGGAGGAGAGACUCAAUGAACGGAUCAAUCUCUACCAGCGUCUGAAGGCCAGCCUGACGGAGCACCAGCCUCAGCUCUACCAGGUGCUGGAGGAGGGGAAGAAGCUCCUGCUGUCAGUUUGUUGUUCGGACCUGGAGAACCAGCUGACCCAGCUAGGAGAACACUGGCUCUCCUCCACCACCAAGGUCAACAAGGAGCUGCACCGCCUCGACUCCACACUCAAACACUGGAGCAGGUACCAGAGUGAGUCAGCAGAGCUAAGCCAGUGGUUGCGGUCGGCUCUGGACCGGCUGGAGUUUUGGACUACUCAGUCAGUGACUGUGCCUCAGGAGCUGGAGACUGUCAGAGAUCACCUCUAUGCCUUCCUGGAGUUUUCCAAAGAGGUGGAUGCCAAGUCGUCUCUGCGUUCCUCUGUGCUGAGUACAGGGAACCAGCUUCUGCGAUUGAAGAGAGUAGAUACAGCUGGUCUGAGGUCAGCUUUGGCCCAGGUUGACACACAAUGGGCUGAGCUGUUGACUCGCAUCCCUGUGGUUCAGGAGAAGCUACACCAGUUGCAGAUGGAGAAACUGGCAUCACGGCACGCCAUCACGGAGCUGAUGAGCUGGAUCUCUCUUAUGGAAAACAUCAUAGAAGAGGACCAGAACAAGAUUAUGGGAGCUGUAGGCUCAGAGGUUGUCCAAGACUUCCUGCAGAAGUAUAAGGGUUUCCGUAUAGAUCUGACCUGCAAGCAGUUGACUGUGGACUUUGUGAACCAGUCGGUGCUGCAGAUCAGCAGCCAGGAUGUCGAGGGGAAGCGCAGUGACAAGACAGACUUUGCCGAGAGGCUGGGAGCUAUGAACAGACGCUGGCAGAUACUGCAGGGACUUAUCACUGAAAAGAUUCAGCUUUUGGAAGGACUACUAGAAGGUUGGUUGGAGCAUGAGAAUGGAGUCCAGGCCCUUAAAACCUGGCUCACACUGCAAGAGGAGAAACUGAAGAAGAGACACAGGAUAGAGGAUGUAGCAUCGGUGCAGAAUGCACUUAAGGACUGUCAGGAGUUAGAGGAAUUAGUGAAGGAAAAAGAGAAGGAUCUAGAGAAAGCAGAAGAACGAGGAAACGCUCUGAUCCAGGACAAGAAAGGAGAGGCCUGCUCUGUUGUCAGAGAGACCCUCAAAGGAUUGAACCAAUCCUGGGCCAACCUGGACCACAUGAUAAGUCAGAUGAAAGUGAGUCUGCGGUUGGUGCUGGAGCAGUGGACUCUGUACCGACGAGCUGCAGAGGAGAUUAAUGGUUACUUGAUGGAGGGGAGGUACUCUGUGUCCAGGCUCCGUCUCCUCAACGGCUCUCUGGAGGCGGUCCACCUGCAGGUGGAGGGUCUGGAGAGCCUUCAGGAGGAGAUGGAUAAGCAGGAGAGCAGUUUGAGGAAGUUUGGUUCUGUAACACACCAGCUACUGACGGAGUGCCACCCAUCUGUGGCCGACACACUCAACUCAGCCCUCCGUGAUGUUAACAUCAGGUGGAACGGUCUACUGGAGCAGAUCUCAGAGCAGCUAAGGAGCAGCAAGGCCCUGCUGGGGCUGUGGCAGCGCUACAGAGUGCUAUACGGCCAGUGUGUGACAGCGGUCCAGAGGCAGGAGGAGCGCGCUGACCGUUUGCUCAAGAGCGCCACCGACAGGGACAUCACAGAAGAGGAAAGCAGUGCCUGGAUAAAGGAUUGCAAUGAGUGUCUUGGCGACCAGGCGUCAGUGCAGCAGUCCCUCCAGCAGCUGCAGGCUCUAGUGGAACAGCUGAAGAGCCAAGUCGACGCCUCCGCCAUGGCAGCGCUCCAGUCAGACCACCUGUCACUCACACAACGCCAUGCAAUGCUGGAGCCCGCCCUGCACAGGCAGCAGGAGAUACUGCAGUCUGGAGCUCAGGACUGUGAGGGUUUCACCAAGCAACUGGAAACCCUGAUCCAUAAGGCUGAGGAGGCUGAGGAGGUGCUGAAGGAACCAGACCCAGUCAGCUUGCUGGAGCUCACUGUCAUCCAAACACGAAUGGAGAAACUCAAGGUUCACUUGCUGAAACUGAGCAGCCUGUCUCCAGACUUGGAGCGUGUCAAUGAGCUGGCCUACAGACUGCCGGUCAGUGACACAGACAUUAAACGCCUUCAGGGCCUCAACAGAGCCUGGGCCGCUCACUCUGCUCACCUCACUGAGAGAUUCAGUAAACUGCAGGCGGUGCUACUCCAACAGCAGAGCUUCCUGCAGAAAUGCGAGGCCUGGAUGGACUUCCUGUCUCAGACGGAGCAGAAGCUCGCUGCUGAGAUUUCAGGCAACUACCACAGCCUGCUGGAGCAGCAGAGAGAACACGAGUUGUUCCAGGCAGAGAUGUUCAGCAGACAGCAAAUUCUCUACUCCAUAAUCAGUGAUGGCCAUCAAAUGCUGGACCUGGGACAGAUUGAUGAUAGAGAUGACUUCAGUGUGAAGUUGGCCUUGUUGAGCAACCAGUGGCAAGGCGUUGUGAGGCGGGCCCAGCAGCGAAGGGGGAUUAUUGACAGCUUGGUCCGCCAGUGGCAGAACUAUCGGGAGAUGGCGGAGAAACUGCGACGAUGGCUUCAGGAAGUGACACGGGACCCAGAUGUGCAUCAGCCAGGAGAGCCAGUGGCCCUACAGCAGGCCAGGAACAUGCUAGAUCAGAUACAGAUUCCCUUAGUUAACCUGUACCCCAUGUCCGCACUCUCCCUGACUCUGGUCCUCCAGCUGAGGGAGCGAGUGCUGCAGCGGCAGCAGGGAGGCUACAUCCUGGCGGUGGAGGCCGGCAGGAGCCUAUUGCUGACGGCUGAUGCCAGGGCUGAGUCCGCCCUCCAGACGGAGCUGAUGGACAUUCAGGAGCGGUGGAGGCAUGCACACCACCGCCUGGACCAGCAGAGGAGGGAGCUGCACAGCCUGCUGAAAGACUGGGAGCGCUGUGAGAAGGGCAUAGAUGCGUCACUUGAGAAGCUGAGGGCCUUUAAGAGGAAGCUGUCCGUGCCACUGCCUGACCACCAUGAGGAGCUGCACUCAGAGCAAAUUCGCUGCAAGGAGUUAGAGAGCAGUGUGGAUGGAUGGACUGAUGACCUCACUUCCUUGUUCCUGCUGAGGGACUCCUUGGGGGGCGUGGUCAGUGCCGAUGACAUCACCGUCUUACAGGAGCGCCUCCAGCUGCUGCACCGUCAGUGGGAGGAGGUCUGCCACCAGCUUUCCCUGCGCAGGCAGCAGGUCAGUGAGAAGCUGAAUGAGUGGGCCGUGUUCAAUGAGAAAAACAAGGAGCUGUGCGAGUGGCUCACCCAGAUGGAGAGCAAAGUCUCUCAGAAUGGAGACAUCAGCAUCGAGGAGAUGAUUGAAAAGCUGCGCAAGGACUACCAGGAGGAGAUCAGUGUUGCUCAGGAAAACAAACAUCAGCUGCAGGUGAUGGGUGAACGCCUGGCCAGGGCCAGCCAAGACAGCAAGGCUGCUGAGAUCCAGCACAAACUCAGCAAGGUCAGCGAGCGCUGGCAACACCUGCUGGACCUCAUCGCUGCCAGGGUGAAGAAGUUGAGGGAGACCCUGGUGGCGGUGCAGCAGUUGGACAAGAACAUGAGCAGCCUGCGCUCCUGGCUGGCUCACAUUGAGACGGAGCUGUCCAGGCCCAUCGUCUACGACACCUGUGACGACCAGGAGAUUCAGAGGAAACUCAACCAGCAGCAGGACCUGCAGAGGGACAUAGAGAAACACAGCACAGGCGUGGCAUCUGUGUUGAACCUGUGUGAAGUCCUGCUGCACGACUGUGAUGCCUGUUCCACAGAGACGGAGUGUGACUCCAUUCAACAGGCCACCAGGGGGCUGGACAGACGCUGGAGGAACAUCUGCGCCAUGUCCAUGGAGAGGAGGCUCAAGAUUGAGGAGACGUGGCGGUUAUGGCAGAAGUUCCUGGACGAUUACUCCAGGUUUGAGGAGUGGCUCAAGACCUCGGAGAGGACGGCAGCAGUGCCUAACUCAUCUGGAGUCCUCUACACUGUCGCCAAGGAGGAGCUGAAAAAGUUUGAGGCAUUCCAGCGUCAGGUGCAGGAGUGUCUGACUCAGCUGGAGCUGAUCAACAAGCAGUACCGCCGCCUGGCCCGGGAGAACCGCACCGACUCCUCCUGCCGCCUCCGAGAAAUGGUGCAUGAUGGGAACAGGCGUUGGGACAACCUGCAGAAGAGGGUGGCCUCCAUCCUACGCAGACUCAAGCACUUCAUCAGCCAGAGGGAGGAGUUUGAGACGGCCCGGGACAGCAUCCUGGUGUGGCUCACUGAGAUGGACCUGCAGCUCACCAACAUCGAGCACUUCUCUGAGUGUGACGUCCAGGCCAAGAUAAAACAGCUCAGGGCAUUCCAGCAGGAGAUCUGUCUGAACACAGGGAAGAUCGAGCUGGUGUUCAGGCAGGGCGAGGCUCUGAUCGAGAAGAGCGAGCCUCUGGAUGCCGCCGUCAUCGAGGAGGAGCUGGAGGAGCUGCAGAGAUACUGCCAGGAGGUGUUCGGGCGAGUCGACAGAUACUACAAGAAGCUCACACGCCUGCCUCUGGCUGAUGAUGAGUUGGAUGGCUCGGACAGGGAGCUGGACAUGGAGGAGGGCAGUGAUCUCUCUGAGCUCCAGUGGGGCGACUCCUCGCUGCCCCGGACCUCCAGCCGCACGGCCUCGGGUACGGCCACCCUCAUCCGGGCUGACCGCUCGGGACGGGACACCCCAGCCAGCGUGGACUCCAUCCCGUUGGAGUGGGACCACGACUACGACCUGAGCAGAGACCUGGAGAGCGCGGGGGGCCGGGGCCUGGGGUCAGAGAGUAGCCGAGAGCAAGAGCAGGAGGAUGAGUAUCUGAGGACGGCUGCCACGGUGCUGUCAGAUGUAGUUAUCCCAGAGAGCCCCGAGGCCUAUAUAAAACUGACUGAGAGCACACUGAGAUCGUCCUCUGGCGAGCCAGGCCAGCUGGAGGCCCACCUGAGGCAGCUGGACCAGGCUCUGGAAUCAGGACGCUACCGCCUCCAGCAGAGAGAGGCCACUGCCAACACCUCCAGCCCUGAAGUGGACUCCACUUACAUGGGCUAUAUGCGCCUGAUGGGCGAGUGUCGGGGCAACAUAGAUGCCGUGAAGAGAGCCGAGGGAGAGCUGACUGAGGAGGAGGAAGACAUGCCAGGACUCACCAACCCGAUCAGCACAGACACUCAGAGUGCAGGUGUGAUCGAGCGCUGGGAGCUGAUCCAGGCUCAGUCUCUUAGUGAGAAGCACCGGCACAAGCAGAACCUGCAGCAGUGGCAGCAGCUGAUCUCAGACCUGCAGACCAUGAGGGCCUGGCUGGGCCAGUCCGAGGCUGAGCUCACCCAGCUCCGAGGGCUGGACCUCAGCACUGACAUACACACCAUCCAGCAGAGAAUCAAGAAGCUCAAGGAGCUGCAGAAGGGUAUGGACGCCCACAAGUCCGAGGUCCUGUCCAUUAACCUGAGCAGCGCUGAUUUCCUCCAAUCAGAGCCCGACUCUGAGGAGGCCUGGGAGCUGAGGGACAGGCUGAAGGAGAUGAACUCCCGCUGGGAUCGGCUUGGUGCCUCAUUAGAGGACUGGAGGGAGGAGCUACAGAGGGCGCUGAUGCAGUGCCAGGAGUUUCAUGAGAUGAGCCACGGGCUGCUGCUAUGGCUGGAGAACAUCGACCGCCGAAGGAACGAAGUGGUGCCCAUUCCUCCCAACCUGGAUCGUGAAACAUUACGAGCUCACCACAGAACACUCACACAAAUCAAGCGUGAGCUGUUGGACUCCCAGCAGAAGGUGUCAUCCCUUCAGGAUCUGUCCGCCCAGCUGCUCGUCCACACCAAGGCUCAGAGCGUCCUGCUGCAGCCCCAGGCUUCAGAGCACACCGAGACCCUCACCCAGGCCCAGGGCAGUGAGUGCCUGGAGGCCCAGGAGAAGGUGCAUGUGAUCUGGAACAGGCUGAGGCUGCUGCUGAGGGAGGUCAGCGCUGACCUGCAGGGCCUGGAGAGCAGGCUGGAGACCAUGGACACACAGCAGGAACCCCUGCGUGUGCCUUCAGUUAACACAGCAGACAUCUCUGGAUCAGCCGGUCCUGUGUCAGAGGUGACCGUCCAGAGUCGCAAACGACUGCCCCGGGGCAAAAGUAGUCAGGCCCACCCAGGACACCCUGAGAGCGGCCCACGCCACAGACUGAGCAGAUCAGCAGGCGGCGCUGGCUCCGCUUCCUCCCAUUCUGACCUCCCAGUCAGUCUGUCCUCCUCGACCUCGUCAUCCUCCUCCAUGAAGGGCCAGUCCUUCCUACUGCGGGUCCUCCGGGCCGCGCUCCCCGUCCAGCUGCUCCUCCUGCUCCUCAUCGGUCUGGCCUGCCUGGUGCCCAUGAGCGAGGAGGACUACAGCUGCCACCACGCCAACAACUUCGCCCGCUCCUUCCAUCCCAUGCUGCGUUACACCAACGGACCUCCACCCAUAUGAGGACCAGCUCAAUAGCUAUCUACCGCUUUGCCAAGGACUCCACUGACUUGUAUGAAUGUCUCCUUUUCACCUGUGCCCUAUAGCAACAGACUUUUUCCCUGUUGGGAAGCAAUGCGCAUAUGAAGUGAAGUAGAGGUGAUCAAGUGAUCAAGACUUUUCCCUACUAACACUGGAGACUCAUCCUCUGAAUCACCUCAGCUCUUUGAACCCACUUCCAGUCUCCAGGAUUAAUGGACCUUCAUCCAGGAUUCACCCCUUGAAUCCAAAUAAUUCACGUUGUUUUAAUCCUUUUUAACUUAAAUGUGUAUAUUUUUUUUUUCAAAGUUUCUGAGGAAACUUGUGAAAUCAAUGAAAAACAAAGCACUAUUUAUAUACUGUAUGUCAGGAGCCAAAGUCGACUGUGCUGUUUGUCCAUGCAAUUCAGUGCUGCUACUAUUUAUUUUGUGUUCAAUCAGUUCUUAGAUUGUUAGUCUCAAUGAAGCUAAAGCUCCACCUAGAGUGUGGGAUAUUAUUAUACCUGUAAAUCGUAGACUAGGAAAACACUGCAGUUUGAGUAGCAAUCAUCAAUCAUCACAGUCUGAGAUCUGAGGAGUUUUGUUCCAAAAUGAAUGUCCACCAUUUGAAAAAAGCAUCACUUCCGCUGACAAAAUGACUGAAGAGCACAGAAUCUAAGCUAAAUUAUGGGACUUUAUGAAGGAUAAUAGGUAAUAAUAUAUAGAUAAUGAACACUGAAUUUCGGGUAAUGACUGACAGUUUCCAAAUGGCUGCAUAUAAUUUUGGAAAUGAACUCUUAAUAUGAUGGUAGAGCUAAAAUUUAAAUCUAUAGCACUGACAUGAGCACUGUUGAAGGUACUGCACUGAAGCCGUCCAGCCAAGAUGGCCGACUUCUUACCCCAAAAGCCAAGGCUUGUAUUCCUGUUUUUACUUUCAGUAUUUAAGUAUUUAAUCAACUUGGGAAAACGCAGAGGACAAAACGAUGUGAGCUCACUUGUGAAGACAUUCGAGUGAUUUGUACAUUGACGUUGAAAUGCCUUUGAAUACGGGCAGUUUAUUUUUUUUAUUAUCUUUUUUUUGUGUUUGAGCAUGCACUUGAAAGUCCCUUGCUUUUAAGAAAGCCAAACAAUCACUGGUAGUGUUGAAGUAGACGGCUGUGACAGAAAGUAGUGUGCUUUGUAAUAACGGCGAUAAUUAUUCCAACGUGAUGGAGACAUCAGAAUCACUGCAUUGUUAUAACAGCAUCUGUAAAAAAUAUAAUAUAAAAAUGGUUAUUUAUGUAUGUACAGUUUGCUAAUGCUGACUUCAUGAAGAAUACUCUCUUUGCAUAUAAUAAAACAUCAAACAUAAAUCCUU